AUGCUGGAUGCUCAAGAUAUGACCACAAAACGAACCCCCCCUCAAAAAGGCAAGAGGGUGGUGGUCCAGUGGAGAGGCCAGGUGGUGGUGGCGCAUGGGCGGUGCUCUGGUGGCACUCCGACGACACUCUGGCGGCGCUCUGGGGAGGAGUUGCGGAGUGGCGGGGUUGCGGAAGAGGUGGCCGGGCACAGGGAGAAGCACAACGGUGGCUACAUCGGCGUCAGCGGCAAGGGUCAGGAGGUGGCUGCGGGAGCCGGAGCGCCGAUGGGUGGCGGGAUGGCCAGCGGGGGCCGGCAGGGUGGUGCCGGCGGGAGCCGGAGGGCGGGGUCGGCGGGGGCCGGACUGUCAGGGGUCGUAGGACCUAGUUUUGGAGAAAAAUUACCCUCAGAUGCUCAGGAGUGA